UUCCAGUGAAUACCGUAUUUUUAACCCUUUAAAACAGCGUGGAAGCCCUGGGCAGUGACGACGUUGUCGUCGACACCGCGGUGCUGCUUGACGACGGACUCAAUCCGGAUUUGCACUCGCGUGACGGGAUUUUCUCGGGCGUCGUGAUGAUGACUCCGACGUUUCCGACGUCAACGUCGUCGAGCAGCAUUGGGGAGAUUCGGGCAUUGCGCAUCCAAACCACUGCGGGCCGUGCCCCGAGGCGACGUCGGGAUUUCACCCUGGGCGGCGUGUUCUCCCCGCAGGCAUUUUCGGAGGGAUGUCAUCAAAAGCCCUUUGCUCACGCCGGCGAGCUUUUCCCCGCUUUCUCGGGUUUCGUCGAAAUCCUGCCCACGCUGACAACGAGGAAAGCAUCGAGACUUUUGCAAAAUUUCAAACUAUUCCCGAGGCACCAAAGACCUGCUCGUUUGUCCUCCGUGAGCAACUUCAGCCUUGCGUUCAUCGCGAACUCGGAUCUCGAAUUCACUGCUGCUUGGAAAUACGAUCAUAACAUCGACGAAAACGAUUCUAAAGACGAGCCGGGAUUCGCAAUGAUCUGUUCCCGCGAGACGCAGAUCAGCGGCACGUCCCGGCAUGACAACGAGCUCAUCCCAAAGGACGAAUACGGGAAGUGCAUAAUUCGAGGCAAGAGUGCCAAAGAAGCUGCGAAAGCACGACAAUUCGGCAGGAAUGGGUGAGUUC